AUGGAUCCUUUUGGAAGAAUGGGAUAUAUUUGCAAGGCCAUGGUUGCUGUUCUGAACUUACUUGUUUGUUAUUCAUUCAUCCACGUGGCAAGAUGCUCGCCGGUGGAUCCAACCCUUGGGUUCACGGAUCUUCCAUUGAACCAAUCAAAUCUUGAAGUUCAGAAGCCUUAUAAUGUACCUGAAAGCGAACGUUAUAGCUUUGUAGAUGGAGUGCACAAGAUGUGGGUGUACUCCACGGACGAUCCACACUCCAUAAAUAGCAGAACCUUACCCCGAACUGAAAUAGGCAUUAGAGGCUACGGUUAUAACUCUGGGGUAUGGCAAUUUGAAGGGCAUGGUUUUGUGCGGAAUGGUACUUCUGGCGUGUGUAUUAUGCAAGUAUUCGGGUCAGCCCCUCCUCAUGCCACCACUUUUAUGCUUAGAACAUAUAACGGUUCUCUUACGUAUUAUACGAAUCCGGUUUUGGUUCCAAACAUGUGGGGGAGAUGGUUUAAAUUAAAUGUGAUCCAUGACGUCGAUGCCUCGUAUUUGAAGAUUUACAUUGAUGGAGUUCUGGUUUAUGUGGCUCCUGGCCGUGGCGGUACCUACCAUUCCUUCAAGUUCGGGGUUUACGCACAAGAUUAUGAUUCUUACUGUAUGGAGUCCCAUUGGAAGGGAAUUAGAGUUCUGAAAAAAUGCUCAUGAUUGAAGCUUGGGAUAUGUUGUUUAAUAUCUAGUUUAAUAAAGUUCGAUGGAAAUAACAAUGUUCAUUA